CUGUUGGGCCGAGGAGCGGCGGCUGCGGCAGGAUGGCCGGGGCGGCCGGAGGGUUCUCGGAGGAGCAAUUCCGGGAGGCCUGCGCCGAGCUCGAUCAUCUCAGCUGGGAGCUGCUGGAGGAGGACCUGGACCUUCGCUUCUACCGGCUGCGGGACCAGGAGACUGGACUUUAUAAAUAUAAAGACUUUGGUGUUCUGAAGGACUGCCCGCCAGCUCUACUCGCAGAUGUCUAUAUGGACCUAGACUACAGAAAAGAGUGGGACCAAAAUGUUAAAGAACUCUAUGAAGAAGAAUGCAACGGACAGACUGUGGUCUACCAGCAAGUGAAGAACCCUUUUCUCAUGCCCAACAGAGAUUACGUCUACAUCCGGGAGAAGCGAGAGCUGGACGUGGAAGGGCGGAAGAUCCACGUGGUCCUGGCCCAGAGCACCUCCCAUCCAGAGUUUCCCGAGAGGUCCGGUGUGAUCCGGGUGAAGCAGUACAAGGAGAGUCUGGCGCUCACGAGCGAUGGCGGGAACGGGAGCAAAGUUUUCAUGUACUACUUCAAUAAUCUGGGUCCCCGAAUUCCGACCUGGCUCAUUAACAAGGCUUUCAAGGUGAGAUCCCAGGAGGUGGGAGGGGAAGCGUGUUUGACAAAUGUUGACUCAGCCCGUGGGGCUGUCUCAGGACUAAUGAGGCUCCUUUAUGAAGCAGCUUGGUUGAGUGACUAUGGCCAGUCAGGAACUGAGACCCUCAGUUCACCAGACCGAGAGGAACUGAAUCCUGCCAACAACCUCCUGAGUGAGAUUGGAAGCAGAUCCCUCCUGUCGGGCUUUGCAGUGACUGCUGUCCCAGAGGACACCGUGAUUGCAGCCUGGUGA